ACUAGAAAAGAGAAUCAUCAAUAAUCUAACCUUAAGCCACUUUGCAUGAACAAGCUCUAUGAAAUGGCAUCUGGAAGUAUUAUUUUCAUGUUUCUCUCUCUUAAUCUCUACUUCUCAAGUGCACAAACCUGGAUCAAAUCCGGCUACUGGUAUUCCGGCAGUGAAUUCCCUGUCCCUGACAUAAAUUCUGCUCUCUUCACUCACCUUAUGUGUUCUUUUGCGGAUAUAAACUCUUCUACACAUGAGCUCUCCAUCUCCCCUUCCAAUCAACCAUACUUUUCCACCUUCACCACCAUCGUCAAGAAAAGAAACCCGUCGAUUAAAACUCUUCUAUCUGUAUGGGGUUCAAGAACAAACUCUUCAGUCAUGUCUUCGAUGGCAAGCCAACCAUCUUACAGAAAAUCUUUCAUUGACUCUUCGAUAAAAACAGCUCAGCUUUACGGGUUUCAUGGCCUUGACCUUUGGUGGAUUUCGCCAGAGUCUGGUUCAGACAUGACCAAUAUGGCCAUCCUCCUUGACGAGUGGCGAUCUGCUGUGAAUUCUCUGAAAAGAAAAUCAGGAGAGUCAGAACUGAGCUUGACCAUGGCUGUUCAUUACACACCAACUCUGGACUCCAUUACUUACCCAAUUGACUCAAUAAAGAGGAACUUAGAUUGGGUACAUGUCAAAUCAUUCGACUAUUAUUUACCUUCAAGGGAUAAAUUCACAGGUGCCCAUUCUGCUCUGUAUGACCCAUCAAGCAACAUAAGUACUGAUUUUGGUGUAAAGGAAUGGAUCAGUAAAGGACUACCAGCUAGCCAGUUAGUUUUGGGAUUGCCAUACCAUGGCUACGCAUGGACACUUGCAGACCCCAAAAACAACACUAUGGGUGCGCCGGCAUUAGGUCUGGCCAUUACAGCAGAUGGAUCCAUGAGCUAUAAGUACAUCAAGUGGUACAUCAGAAGUUAUGGAGCUGUUCCUGUGUACAAUGCUACUUAUGUGGUAAAUUACUGUGUCAUUGGCUCCUUCUGGAUUUGUUUUGAUGAUGUUGAGGCCAUCAAAACAAAAAUUUCUUAUGUAAAGGAGAAUAAGCUACUUGGCUACAAUGUCUUUCAAGUCCCCAAUGAUGACAACUGGAUGCUCUCUCAGGCAGCUCAAGACAACUUGAAUAAUCACCACAAAAAGCAGCAAUUCCUGGUAAUUAUUCUGCUGAUCAUUGCUUCAGCUAUUCUCCUAUUUUGCUUACUGAUGUGUUACUUGUGGAGGAGGAGACUCAAAUCAAAAGUGAUGAUUCUAUCAAAGAAGAAAUCACCAGAUACAUUAGAAAACAAUAUGUCAACUGCAGAAAGUUCAAAUAGCAACUCUCCUACUGUGCAAGUUUUCAAAUUUUCAGACAUCAAAGCAGCUACAAAUAACUUUUCAAGUGAAAAUAAGCUUGGCGAGGGUGGUUUUGGGCCUGUUUACAAGGGUAAAUUACCCAAUGGACUGGAAAUUGCGGUGAAGAGACUUUCAAAGAGUUCUCAUCAAGGACUUGAGGAGUUCACAAAUGAGGUUACACUUACCGCAAAGCUGCAACAUAUAAAUCUGGUAAGAGUUUUGGGUUGUUGCACUGGAAGGGAAGAAAAGAUGCUGAUCUAUGAGUACAUGCCAAACAAAAGCUUGGAUUUCUACCUCUAUGAUCCAAUGAGCAGAAUGCUGUUAGAUUGGGAAACAAGGGUUCAAAUCAUUGAAGGGAUUACUCAAGGUCUUCUCUAUCUCCAAGAAUACUCGAGAUUAAUAAUAAUUCACAGGGAUUUGAAGGCUAGCAACAUUUUACUAGACAAUGAGAUGAAGCCAAAGAUAUCGGAUUUUGGCCUAGCAAGAAUUUUCCAAAAAGAUGAAUAUGAAGCAAACACAGACAGGAUUGUUGGAACAUACGGUUAUGUCCCUCCUGAAUAUGUAAAACGAGGUGUAUACUCCACGAAAUAUGACAUAUACAGUUUUGGAGUCCUACUUCUGCAAAUCAUAAGUGGCAAAAGGAAUAACUGCCUUUACGGUGUUUAUGACAACUUAAAUCUUCUUGAAUAUGCAUAUGAGCUGUGGAAGGAUGGUAAAGGAAAGGAGUUUAUGGAUCCAACACUGGAUGAUGCAUCUUCGUCUUGCAAACUCAUGAGAUGCAUGCUAGUUGCUUUGUUGUGCGUUCAAGAAAACGGGCUGGAUAGACCAUCAAUGUUGGAAAUUUCUUCAAUGCUGAAAAAUGAAACUGGAUCAAUAGCUACUCCUAGAAGGCCCGCUUUUUCAUCAUACACGGAUAAAAAUGUGGAGAAUACAUCGGAGAAAGAGGUCUUUUCCAUCAAUGAGAUGACAAUUUCCCAAAUGGUGCCCCGAUGACCAUCCAGGCCCCAAUGACAAAUCAUUCUUCAGUCAUCCUAGUCCUUCCUGCUCCCCCCAUAGCCCAUAAAGCGUGGGGGAGCUCUAGAGAGGUAGUGAUCGAAUACCCCAAUCAAUCUAAGGAGCACUCAGUCUAACAAGGGAGGAGUUUCAUCCCGCCAUUCCUAACUUUAGGAAGGAAUGGAGUAAGAGAUGCCUUUCUUACGCAGUCAUCCCUCCGUUCCUGACAGAAUUUAAUGUGCUCUUAGCCAUAUGCUAGAUGUCGUAAUGUGAACAUACAGCGCCAGGAAUGUGAAGAAAUCUAAUUUCAUAAAGGCUGAUGCUUAGACCAUACUGAUAUACAACAUAAUUGUACUUUCAGGUUGUAACUCAUAAGUAACGAGUGACAGUAGACUAACGAUAGUAUCUACGUCUGGUCUCUCUCCCUCUCUCUCUCUCUCUCUCUCUCUUCUCACUCACUCACUAA